UUUGAUCUGAUGAAGUUAAUUUAAUUUUUAAGUAACAUUUUAUUGCAAGGAAUUAAAAGAAAAUAGGAGCAUGGAUUUUCAACGUUUGCCGGUGCCGGAGUUAUGCGAGGACAUGCAUAAGCACAGACACAAGCAGUUCCACGAACGUGAGGACAGCAACCGAUUCCGGCCGCCGAAAUACAAACGGUACUCUGGCGUGGAUAAUAACAACUUCAAUCGAAGCCAGUCAGUGGGACUUAGCGGCACGAACAGCUUUCACAUCGCGCAUUCCAUUUCAUUCAGAGGCCCUGAAUCUCCAAAUUCCAGCACAUUGCCUGUGACCUCACAAAGUUUGAAUGAGAACCAUUUUGAGCAGUGCUUUGAACGUCUGGCAAAACUAGGCGAAGGGUCCUUUGGAGAGGUAUUCCAGGUGCGGGAUCGGAGCGAUGGACAACUCUAUGCCGUAAAAAUAUCUAAGCAGUUGUUUCGUGGCGAACAGUACCGGGCAGAGCGUUUGGAAGAGGUACGACGUUAUGAGGAGUUUUCCGGCCAUGAGAACUGCAUUCGCUUUAUUCGCGCAUGGGAGCAGUACGACCGGUUGUUCAUGCAAAUGGAAUUGUGCCGCGAGAGCCUGGAGCAGUACUUGUGGCGUCGUAAAUACAUACCAGAGGAGCGCAUCUGGUCCAUACUAUUGGAUCUACUGUGUGGCUUAAAGUCAUUGCACGACCGAAAUUUAAUACAUUUGGACAUAAAGCUGGACAAUGUGCUCAUCGAUGAUGAUGAUACCUGCAAGCUGGCGGACUUCGGACUGGUCAUUGACGUUGACAAAGCAAACAAUCAUCAAGCAACGGAGGGAGAUUCACGCUACAUGGCACCUGAAAUACUGCAGGGCCACUUUUCAAAGGCUGCCGAUAUAUUCAGCUUGGGUAUCGCAAUGCUGGAACUAGCUGGCAUGCUAGAUUUACCCUCAAAUGGACCGCUGUGGCAUGAGCUGCGACAGGGAAUCCUGCCAGAGGAGUUCAUAAACCAGAUUUCAGUGGAACUGCAGGAAAUUAUUAGAUCAAUGAUGUCGCCAGAUCCGCUGCAGCGACCAACAGUGGAACAACUGUUGUCGCAUGCAAAGCUUUCCAAAAUGCAACGAAAACAGAAAUCUAUGGCCACUCUUAAACGACUGUCAAAGAGCUUUCGUCAAACGCGACGCUCUUUUUUGGGUAAAAUGUGCAAUCUCAAAAUGGCUGCUUAUCGUUGUUUCUUCUACAUUCUGGGAAUAUUCCACUUAUAUAAGCCCAUUACGCCAUCACAGGGUGCAGAAAACGGAACACUGACAGCGCCUUCCUCGCCUACCGCGUCCAUUCCACUAGCACCGCGCCUGGAAUUUCAUUUAGUGGGUUCCACACCGAUCGCAAAUAGAGAAGGUGUUACUCCCGACUUUUUGGGUGGUGACGAUGCCCUCGAACUUUCUCAACAAGGCACACCAUCGGCCUAUGAACGGGACAAGCUGGAUAACUCUACGCCUCUUAACCACAGCAAGUCCCGGCUGGAUGUUUCCAAACGAAGCAUUGGAUCCGCACGUAAAACAGAAUUACCAAGCAGCAAUUUGCUGAACAUUGACUCGAAUUUAUCAUCACCCAAAGUAUUGGACACAUCCUCGUUCCGACGUAAAAAACUAUUUGUGCAGGACAGUGAUGAAGAGUAAACCCAAGGAAUUUAAAUAAGUAAACAAUAUAUCAGUUAUAAACCGUAUGCAUAUGGCAAAAAAUAUAUCGUUAUAUAUAUUUAAUAUUAUAGUUGUACGCAGUUACCUAGUGUAGGUCAACAUGAUUGUGUAAUGUUAUAGCUUCUUUAGAAGAACUUGUUGUAACUUGAUUUUUAUAAAAUAUUCGAAUGUAACACGUAAUACAUAAAACAUACAUGUGAUAUAUAUAUUGGAAAGCGAUUUGAAAAGUUCGCAAGAUGAAAAA